CCCAUCUUCCCCCCGUUUUUGGGGUUGUCUGUUUUUAGGGUGCUGGUGGGGGGCACGCGCCAGCCGGACCCCUGGAAGGUGCUCCGGGGGCCGGGGGGGCCGCAGCUGCUCCUGGGGCCCUUCCUGCAGCCCCUGGAGCCCAAAGGCGACUCCGAGUCCCUCGAGGGGGCCCUGAGGAACCUCCUCAACUUCCUCAGCUCCAACUUCACCUCCUCCGUGGGGCUGGGCUGGAGCGUGGGGUCCCCCUGGGAGGCCUGGGUGAGCCCCAGCCUGAGGCUGCAGCAGCUGCUGCUGCUCUGGGGGCUCCCCGGGACCCCCGUGCUGAGCUACGGCGACGAGCUGGGGCUGCAGCGACUCCCCAAAAGCCAACAGUUGCUGCCGAUGCCGUGGGAAUCCAUCGAGGCGCCGAAAACAGCCGGGAACGGCUCCGAGCCCCCCGAGCUGGAGCUGUGCACGACGCUGGCCGCGCUGCGGGCCCACGAGCGCUCGCUGCUGCUGGGGGAGGCGUCGGUGGUGCCCGCGGGCCCGGCCGUGGCCGUGCUGCGGCGCUGGGACCAGAGCGAGCGCUUCCUGCUGGUGCUGAACCCCGACAGCACCCCCCUGAAACCCUUCUCGGGCAGGAGGGAGCCCAGGGACCCCCGGGAACCCCCCCUGCCCCCCUCGGCCACCCUGAGCUACAGCACGGCCCCGAGGGCGCCCGGGGAGCAGCAGCUGCUGCUGGAGGAGCUCACGGUGGGAGCCCACGAGGGGGUCCUGCUCAGCUUCCCCUACAGCCCCGAGUGACCCCCUGCACCCCAAACCUGCACCCAGCCCCCCAAACCUGCAUUGACCCCCCCUGCACCCCAAACCCGCACUGAUCCCCCUCCCCCACCAGCCUUGCACCCCCUCAUUCUGGGUGGGGUCCCACACUCAACUCCCUUCACUCAUUUUUAGGUUCUCAUCCUGCUUCUUUCACCCCAAAGUCCUUUUUUUUUUUGGGGGGGGGGUGGUUCUUCUGUCCUUGAUUCCAUUUUGGGGUUUUUCUUUUGGGGUUUUCUGGGCAUAUCGGGGUCUCCCCCACCCCAAACACUGAAUAAAUGAACUGCAUUUGUG